UGAGAGGAACGUUUGGGUUGAGCUGGAAGCCAAGGGUUUUAUAUGCAUGAAUUCACUGCAGAUUUCAUAAAGACCCUGCCGGGCAGGGACAGGUCCAACAACUCAGAUCACGCCUGAGUCCCAGCCUGCCUGGGGCAGGGACAGGUCCAACAACUCAGAUCACGCCUGAGUCCCAGCCUGCCUGGGGGCCUUGGGAAACUGUAUGGGAGGCUGUAAAAAUUCCCUCAUUCAACAGAGUGCCGUCUGCUUCUGAUUAAGCCCCUUGUUGGUUGUUGGGGACACCUGGGUGGCAAAGUCAGACCCCAUCCGUCUGUCCUAGAACAGAGAUGAGUGCCGCUGAGCAUAUAAUGGGACCCCACCUAGCAUAGGGGCUUUCCGGUAGUUGAGAAGGGGCGCGGUAAGGGUAGCUGUCAGGCUGAAGAGGGUUGCCUUGGAAUAGUGGUUCUCAACCAGGGGACCUGCAGCCAGGUCUGGAGACGGCUGUCAUAACGUGUGGUGGAGGGGAGCCGGGUGGCGAGGAGGGCUGUUGGCCUCUAGUGGGUUAGGGUUAGGCCACUAUGCUGCUAGCCACCCUACAAGGCACAAGACAGCCCCCACAGUAAAGAAAGACCCGCCCAAAUGUCACCAGUGCCAUGGUUGAGAAACUAGUUGGAUGACUCGCAGAAAAGUCAGUUUGACUUAGAGGCCGCGGCUGGUGAGAGCUGAACAUGGAAGGAGGGAGAGGGGAUUCAGGACAGCCCCGUUUUCCCCUAAGCCCCCAGGCUGCGAAGAAGGCAGGGGUCCCUGGUGCCCUGGGCAGCCCCCUGCAUAGCAGGGCCCAGUUUCCGCUACAGCCGCACUAGCGAGAAUGCAACAGACGCCCGGGAACCGCAAGCACGUGGUACCUUUGCGGGGCAGGAAGCACUGCGGGCCUCAGUUUCCCCAACGGGAGAAAAAAUGGGAGCCCCGAGGGCCUGGUCGUGGGGCCAGGCCAGGAGUGACCACAUCCCUGGUGGGCGACGCCUGCUCGGGAACCGCGCCGCGGGAGAGGAUUCUACCACAGACGAGAGGGAGUCGAUGCUAAUAAAGGGGAACGUGCGACCCUGCAUCCCAACCCAGCUUUCCCCGGCCUUAGGCCGACCCCCGCGACCGCCGCAAGGCCCGAGUGGUCGGGGUCCCGACAGUACUACAACUCCCAAGAUGCCUCGCGCCGCCUGCGCCAGGAAGGGCCGCCACAGCCGGCGGCCAAUGGGGGGUACGGAGGCGGGGCCUCUGCGCACGUGGCGUCCUGACGCACUGACGGCGACGUCGGGGUUUGUGUGCGCGAGAGGCCGCCGAUAAAGGUUGGGUGCCUCGCGCCGGGGGCCGUUGGGAGGGAGCGUGCCCCCGCCCCCUCCCCGGCCCCCACUCCUACACCGCCGCUGCAGGGGCCCCGCCUUCCCAUCGAUCCCCGCGGGAAGGCCCUGGGUCUCCCCAGCUCAUUCCCCGGUCGGGGCCGCAGGUGUGAUGGUCGGCUCCCACGCGGACAUGGCGCCGGCCUCUACCGCAGAGGGGGCCGGGGAAAAGCCGGGCCCCGCAGCUCCUGCCCCCACGGCCCAGUAUGAGUGUGGGGAGUGCGGCAAGUCCUUCCGCUGGUCGUCCCGGCUCCUGCACCACCAGCGCACGCACACGGGCGAGCGUCCCUACAAGUGCCCCGACUGCCCCAAGGCCUUCAAGGGCUCCUCGGCCCUGCUUUACCACCAGCGGGGCCACACGGGCGAGCGGCCCUACCAGUGCCCCGACUGCCCCAAGGCCUUCAAGCGCUCGUCGCUGUUGCAGAUCCACCGCAGUGUGCACACUGGCCUGCGGGCCUUCACCUGCGGCCAGUGCGGCCUGGCCUUCAAGUGGUCGUCCCACUACCAGUACCACCUGCGCCAGCACACGGGCGAGCGGCCCUACCCCUGCCCAGACUGCCCCAAGGCCUUCAAGAACUCGUCCAGCCUGCGGCGCCACCGGCAUGUGCACACGGGUGAGCGGCCCUACACCUGCGGCGUGUGCGGCAAGAGCUUCACGCAGAGCACCAACCUGCGGCAGCACCAGCGCGUGCACACGGGCGAGCGGCCCUUCCGCUGCCCGCUCUGCCCCAAGACCUUCACACACUCGUCCAACCUGCUGCUGCACCAGCGCACCCACGGCAGCGCCGCCGCCCCCGCCGCGGGCGCCGCCCCCGCCCCUCCGCCGCGGGAGCCCGGCGGCAAGGUCUUGGUCUCAGAGACCUACCUACAGCGGCCCCUCCAACCCCCCAGCCCGCCGGCGCCCCCGCCGCCCGCGCCCCCGCCCGUGGUGCCCGAGCUCUUUCUGGCCGCGGCCGAGACCACGGUGGAGCUGGUGUACCGCUGCGACGGCUGCGAGCUAGGCUUCGGUAGCGAGGAGUUGCUCUUGGAGCACCAGCCCUGUCCCGGGCCGGAGGCGCCGCCCCCGCCCGCGGACGCGCCCUCGGAGCCGCGGAAGGCCGACCCUCCCCCGCCGCCCUCACUGUCCCCGCCGUCCCCCCUGCCGCAGCCCCCUCCCGCCGCCUCUGCCCCUGGCUUCGCCUGCCUCCCCUGCGGGAAGUCCUUCCGGACGGUGGCCGGCCUCUCCCGCCACCAGCACAGCCACGGGGCGGCCGGCGGGCAGGCGUUCCGCUGCGGCAGCUGUGACGGCGCCUUCCCGCAGCUGGCCAGCCUCCUGGCGCACCAGCAGUGCCACGUGGAGGAGGCAGCGGCCGGGCGCCCGCCCCCCCAGGCCGAGGCUGCCGAAGUCACCUGUCCCCAGGAGCCGCUCGCCCCCGUCCCCGCCCCGCCCGCGCCCGCGCCCGCCCCGGCUUCCGCGGAGCGACCCUACAAAUGCGGCGAGUGCGGCAAGGCCUUCAAGGGCUCAUCGGGGCUGCGCUACCACCUGCGGGACCACACGGGCGAACGGCCCUACCAGUGCGGCGAGUGUGGCAAGGCCUUCAAGCGCUCGUCGCUGCUGGCCAUCCACCAGCGCGUGCACACCGGCCUACGGGCCUUCACCUGCGGCCAGUGCGGCCUUACCUUCAAGUGGUCGUCGCACUACCAGUACCACCUGCGGCUGCACUCGGGCGAGCGGCCCUACGCUUGCGGGGAGUGCGGCAAAGCCUUCCGCAACACGUCGUGCUUGCGGCGCCACCGGCACGUGCACACGGGCGAGCGGCCCCACUCCUGCGGCGUGUGCGGCAAGAGUUUCGCCCAGACCUCCAACCUGCGGCAGCACCAGCGCGUGCACACGGGCGAGCGGCCCUUCCGCUGCCCGCUCUGCCCCAAGACCUUCACACACUCGUCCAACCUGCUGCUGCACCAGCGCACGCACUCGGCCGAGCGCCCCUUUGCCUGCCCCAUCUGCGGCCGCAGCUUUGUCAUGGCCGCCUACCUGCAGCGGCACCUGAGGACGCAUGCCCCGGCCAAUGCCGCUUCUGGCCCCGCAGCCCCCGGCGCCGGCCCCCAGCCCCCUGCCCCACUGGCUGCCGCCCCAGCCCCGUCCGCCACCCAAGAUGUCCACGUUCUACCCCACCUCCAGGCCACGCUCUCCCUAGAGGUGGCAGGAGUCACGGCCCAGGCCCCGCCCCCUGGCCCAGCAGCCCCCAACUCCCAGACGUUUCUCCUGGUGCAGACUGCUCAGGGCCUCCAGCUGAUCCCCAGCAGCGUCCAGCCCCCCACACCCCCGCCUCCCCCCGCCCCCCCCAAGCUCAUCUUGCUGCCCUCCUCCAGUACUGGUGGUGGGGGCAGCGGUGCAAGGCAGGGCCCACGGGCAGUGGGGAAAGCUGGGCAGGGGGCUGGAGUAGUCUGGCUGCCAGGCCCUGGGGGGCUAGGGGUGCAGGGAGGGAGCAACACCGGGGCCAGCGCGGGAGCGCAGAGCCUCAUAGUUCUGCAGAAUGUGGGGGCUGGGGAGGCAGGGCCACAGGAAGUGAGCGGGGUCCAGCUCCAACCCCUUCGGCCAGCCCCGGAACUGACCACGGUCCAGCUCCAGCCGGCCCCAGAGGUGACCACGGUCCAGCUCCAGCCGGCCCAGGAGGUGACCACGGUACAGCUCCAGCCUGUAACGGGUCAGCUGUCCAAUUCCAGUGGGGGAGCCGUCACCACUGAGGCGCCUAAUCUGCUGGUGGUUCAGAGUGGGGCAGCGGAGGAGUUGCUGGCGGACCCCGGCCCGGGGGAGACCGGUGACGGUGAGGCCAGCACUGGUGUGGUCCAGGAUGUGCUCUUUGAGACGCUGCAGACGGAGGAGGGGCUGCAGAGUGUCCUGGUGCUGAGCGGGGCUGAUGGGGAGCAGACCCAGCUGUGUGUGCAGGAGGUAGAGACCUUACCCUCGGGGCUGGCUGAGCCGCCAACCCCUGGCCCAACGGGACAGAAACUGCUCAUUAUCCGCAGUGCCCCGGCCACCGAGCUGCUGGAGAAUGGCAGCGUUGGGGGAGGCGCCGCUGCGCUGCAGCUGCUGGCCCCACCACCACCUGGCCCAGGCUCUGCUCCCGCGGGCGUCCCUGCGGCUCCUGCCUCCCAGAUGGUACAAGUGGUCCCUGCAGGAGCUGCACCUGGGGGCAUGACCCCACAGGGCCUACCCUCCAUCCAGUUUGUCCAGACUCUGCCCGCAGUCCAGCUGGUGCACACGUUUUGAGUAGAACCACUGGUACCCCUUCCCGCCCCACACAGAGACCCCGACUCACUGUCAGCCUGGGCUGGGCUGAGCUGGGGGGAGGGGAACUGCAGGCUGGGCUUGCUAAUAAAGACCAGAAUCUCCGCUCCUGUGUUCUGUUUUAUUUGUGGUUUGGGAGAUCAC